AUGAAAACACUGGGUGAUUUUGGUAUUGGGUGGACGUUUAAACUGCUAGAAAAUAUAUGGAAACCAGAAGAAAUGCCACAGGAUUGGAGGGUAAGUGAAAUGGUUACUAUUUAUAAAAGAAAGGGAGAUAAUUUAGAAUGUAACAGUCAUAGAGGUAUAAAGUUAUUAGAACAUAUAUUAAAAGUAAUAGAAAGAGUAAUAGACCAGAGACUCAGAGGACAAGUUAACAUCCAUGAAUACCAAUUUGGUUUUAUGCCGGGAAGAAGUACGGUGAUUGCCAUAUUCAUUAUGAGACAGGUGCAGGAAAAGUUUUUAGAGUGCAACCGUAAAUUGUAUUACUGCUUCGUCGACCUUGAGAAAGCGUACGGCAGGGUGAUGAACAAGGAAACAAAAACGCUUGUUCACACACCUUGUGGAGACACUGAUCCUUUUUGUGUCAAUGUCGGACUCCACCAGGGAUCAGCCCUUAGUCCCUUUCUGUUUUUAAUAGUCAUUGACAUACUGACAUCAGAGCUUAGAGAGGAGGAACCACAAGACUUGUGGAAACUCCUUUUUGCAGAUGAUUUAGUUUCAGUGGCGGAAACAGAAGAGGAGUUGCAAAGAAGAUACCUAGCUUGGAAGGAGAAAAUGAAUCAAGGUGGAUCACAGGUGAAUAUGUCAAAGACAGAAGGAAUGAUGAGCAGCAAAACAGGCCGAGAAGAAAUGAAUUUAAGAUCAGAAGAAGGAAGAAGAAUCCAGCAAAGUACUGAAUACAAGUACUUAGGGUCAGUGUUUACAGAAGGAGGAACAGAACAGGCGGUGAGACAGAGAGUAAAAGAAGUCUGGAGAAAGUGGACAGAAGUAACUGGAAUUGUACUGGAUAAGAAGAUCCCACUGAAACUUAAAAUAAUGGUCUAUAAGACUAUCUUAAGACCUGUCCUCUUAUAUAGGGCAGAGACUUGGGCCUUGAGAAGGAAGGAGGAGAAUCUGCUGGAGAGGAUGGAGAUGCGAAUGGUUCGAUGGAUAGCAGGGAUCUCGCUGAGAGAAAGAAGAGAGAGUGCCGACAGAUCGAAGAUUAUGGAGAAGGAAAACUUGAGCGGUUGA